GAUAUUGUAGUCAGUAACGAUGAGAUCCGGCAUCUGGCAGGCAGGAUGAUCGCCUUCUAGCCUGUGGUCUAUCCCAUCUACCGUUAAUGGGGAGUUUUAUAAACAAUUCACUCUGCUCAUAUAGCCAGGCCUGUAUCCAGGCCAUACUAAGAUUGUAAUCGCAAGCAUGCCCAACAAAAACAAACGACGGGUACUGGUCACCUUGCAUUAUCGGGGAGCGCUUUCCCUCAGAGAGAAUCGAGAGCGAUUAGGCUUUGCUGUAUACCACUGGGGCAUUCUGGUGGCCCCAAAAGCAUCCACAGGGAGAGGCUGCUACUCAUUCGAUGUCUCCGAUGGAAUCAAUCUGGACCCUGGCAGCGGAGUGAACCGCAACCCGAACUUCGAGUGGGUGUUGCGAGCAAAAACAGGCGUCAACCCGCUUCCGAGUAGUCAUUUGCUUGGAAGAGUCAUGAUAGGCAAAAUAUCGCAUGAUGUUUCCUUCGAACAGUUGGAUGCUCUUCUCCGGUCGAUACCACUUCCAAGAAAAGGUGUGUCGGGGGAGAAUUGUGUCAGUUGGACAAGAGCUGCUGUUGCAAAGUUGCAAGAGAAAGGUUGGGCAGAGCGGUUCAACAUUGAUUGUUUCAUGGACGAUUCACUCGCGUAUGCUCAUCAGCGGAUGGAUGCUGAUGAUGUUAAGAGCAUUAUCAAUUACACGAGCCGGCCGAUGUAAUCUGCUGAGGAGAGAGGAGUUCGCGAGAUGAAAGAUGCUAUAAGUUUUCAACAUUGAUGGUAGUUGGCUGGUGUUUCAGUGUUAUGACUUGCAACAGAUACCUGCUUCAAAGCACGUCCCCGAUGCGGAGCGAAGACGACCCGUUUCGAGAAUCCCAGUAGAAACGGAACCACUGCUCCCGAUAUAUACUCAGAACGCAUUCACCCACCAAACAGAACUCUCAACCGCCGAUCAAACCAAAGCUGCUAGCUAGGUACCCCCGAUCAUCACUCACUGACAUCACCGAGCAUGCAAUCAACACUGACUAAG